AUGGGCCCUUCGUCCAAAGGAGAAACUGGUCACGCAGAUGGGGCCAAAAAAUCCAUGCUCGAAACCUUUUAUGGUGUCGAAGAUCGGACGAGCAACCCUCGCAAAAAGGUGAAAUUGAGUGCCGAGGACCAGCGCGAGAGACCGUCAAAGAUGGGGAUUUCCUCCCAACGUCGUGGCACCGGCAUCGUCGGCGAAUACAUGCGACCAGAUCCUGACCAGGCCCCAGAAGUGACAAAGAAGAGUCUGGUCGAUCUCACAAACGAGGAAGAGGACGUGGACGACGAUGAUGUACAAAUAGUUUCUUCUCGAUCGCUCGACGAUCAAGAGGUAUGCUAUGGCCACAUCGCGACUGUUGCACAAGCCUUCCUCGUCCCCAAGCCAAAGCUGGCCGGAAAUUCCUUUCACCAGGAACGAGAGUGGCCUGUCAUGAGGUGUACCCUCGUCCGCAAACCAUCCAAGGACAUGGUGAUUGACGUUCAAGAUGCGUGGGACACUACAUUUGCAAAAGUUCACCCCGAUUUUGCUGCUGUGCUUGUACAGGCCAUGGAUUCGCUGAAGGGUUUUCGGACACAAGCGAAAUUGAUCAAUCGGCGCAAAAAGCCGGAUGAAUGGCCGCACCAAGCCUGUUCCGAGCAGAUCAAGAUGAUUGUAAACCUCUAUGGCCGACGUGGAGAUGUCAAUAGGGUCGGCCGGCUUUUUGGCAACAACAACUUCUGGCUCCGCCCGCCAAUGGCUUCGGAACCCGGCAUACCCAUCGUCCACCCACAUGCACAGCAUAAGCCACUGUUCCAAGCUCCGCGGAUGACCGGCCAAACGCGGACUUUGUCAGAUACACGCACUCUCGAGGAAGCUACAGAAGCAGUCUCAAGGCUCUUUGAUUCAUUCGCCAAUGCAAGUCGGCCGCUGACUGAGACCGUUCCUCCGCCGUCUAUCAUUACAACACCUCUGCUUGGUCACCAGAAGCAGGCUCUCACAUUUCUUCUGCGCCAAGAGCAGCCACGUACAUUCGGUGGUGAUGAAGCAGAGAAUUCCUCGCUCUGGCGGCGGAAACAACGCAGAAAUGGAGAUGUUGCGUAUCAUGAAGUUGUUACCGGCCUUACUGUCAAGGACGAACCCGACCAAGUACUUGGGGGCCUCCUUGCAGAUGUGAUGGGUCUGGGAAAGACGCUGGAGGCCCUAUCACUCAUCGCAAGUACCUUGGAAGAAGCGGAAUCCUUUGCCAACGAAAAAGUAGUUCGCGACAAUCAGGAUAUGCAGCACAUCAUACUGUCGAACACCAAGGCGACGUUGAUUGUCUGUCCAACCAGCACAGUGAAGAACUGGGAGGAUCAGAUUGCACAGCACAUCAAGCCUGGAACCAUGGAAUACCACGUCUAUCAUGGCCCCAACCGAGAGAAGAAUCCGUACAAGUUACUGAAGUACGAAAUGAUCAUCACGACAUACGGUGUAGUGGCGUCUGAGUUCUCCAAGGCUGCUACAGCAGUGAGCCCAUUGAGACAGCUGAAAUGGUUCAGGAUAGUGCUGGAUGAAGCGCACACUAUUCGAGAACAGAAAGCUCUCCAGUCCCAGGCCUGCUAUAGCUUGGACGCUCAACGACGCUGGUGCUUGACAGGAACACCUAUCCAAAAUCGCCUGGAUGACCUGGGAUCUCUGACUAGAUUCCUGCGCAUGUAUCCGUACGACACCCCUGGUCGAUUCAACCAGUACAUUCGAGGUCCAGCUCAAGCAGGCGAUCCGGCCUUUUUGAAGGCAUUGCGUGUCUUUGUGGACUCAUUCACCCUCCGUCGACUUCGAGACCGGAUUGAUCUCCCGGAGAGAAAAGACUACGUUGCCAAACUGUCGUUUUCGGACGAAGAGAGAAAGCUGCACGACUUUUUCAAAGGUAUUGCUCACGUCCAAAUCGAACAGCUCAGCCGUGCGAAGGAGAAGAACAGCGGUGUUCAGCAUCACGUACUUCGUGGCAUCAUGACCUUACGACUAAUCUGCGCCCAUGGUCGAGAGUUGCUGAAGGAGAAAGAUCUGACAUUGCUGAGAGGAAAUAGCCCUACAGACGCGAUUGACGUCGACGAGGAUACCGCGCCGCCGAGCAUAUCGCGAAAAGCCGCCUAUGAGUCGUUGAACUUGAGGACCGAAGCUGAGCUAGACGUGUGCAGAAGCUGUGAACGGAGCAUAACCAAGGAUAUAGUCAAGACCGAAGUGGAUGACGAAGAGCAGGCGUUGCGAUGCUUUAUCCUCCCUUGCUUCGACCUCGUCUGCGCCGACUGUUUCAGCCCAGCGAAGGCAUCCUUCGAUAGCAUACCGGACAAGGAAGCCGUUACCUGUCCAUUCUGUGCCGCCCGGAUCGCUGCGCAGUAUGUUGGAUUUAGUGGAUCCACGGCGCAAGAGAUUCUCGUGGCGCCAGACGACACCAUUGCCGAAGAAGAAGAAGAAGAGGACCAUGUGCAGAUAUAUCACGGACCCCAUACUAAGACAAAAGCACUUUUGGCAGACCUUGAGCAAAUGUAUCGAGAGAGUCGAGAGUUGGAGACCGCCGGAGAAGCUCCUCUGAAAUGUGUUGUCUUCUCGGAAUUCACGUCGCACCUGGAUCUUAUCGAGCGGGCACUGAUAGAUCACGGCUACACCUUUGUACGGAUCGAUGGCACGAUGUCCCUUAACAGCCGCAAAAAGUCACUGGAUGCUCUCGCAUCGGACGACAGCAUCAGGAUUCUUUUGGCAUCGAUCAAGGCUGCUGGACAAGGGCUAAACUUGACGGCUGCAUCACGGGCGUUCAUCAUGGAACCGAUGUGGAAUCCUGCAGCGGAGGCACAAGCAGUGGAUCGAAUCUAUCGCAUUGGACAGAAGCGCCCCGUUGUGGUCAAACGUUACCAAAUGGACAAUAGCAUUGAGGGCAAGAUCGUGGAAUUGCAGAAACGAAAGCAGCAAUUGGCCGACGUGUCGGUGAACCAAAACUACAAACAGCUGAGCAAGCAAGAGGUACGAGAACAGCAUAUGAAGGAGAUUCUGGCACUGUUCAAGUGA